GAGAAACACUGCUCUGGUCCACCAAGAUGACAAGAGUUUUCACAGCAAGAACUUCCAUGGUGACGGGAGUUCUUCUUGUGGUCUUUUAUCUUUGUUUUACUCAAGAUUUCACUUGGAAACAUGUGCUCAGACAAGUCAAGGUGGAGAAAUAUGGAAGUCCAACAAAGCCAUCCAACAGAAGUUCUCCUGAUAAUUUCAACUGGUCAAAGUGUCAAAAAAACAUGUCCGCUGCCAAUGUGACAAACUUCAACUUACUUCCCGGUAAUAUACAGGACUUCCUGUACUACUGCCACUGUCGACAUUUUCCGAUGCUCCUGGACAUUCCGGAUAAAUGUGGAGGGGCAAAUGGAUCUGCAGAUGUCUUCCUCCUUCUAGUCAUUAAAAGUUCUCCAGGGAACUAUGACCGCAGAGAGGUGCUGCGCAACACCUGGGCCAAGGAGAGAUUGCAGAAUGGUGUGUGGAUCCGAAGGCUCUUCAUCUCAGGAACAACGUCGUCCGGCUUUGAGAAGAAGAGACUGAACAAACUCCUUGAACUGGAGCAACGUGAGAACAAUGACAUUCUCCAGUGGGACUUCAGUGACACAUUUUACAACCUCACCUUGAAACAAAUACUCUUCCUCGAAUGGAUGGACAGAAACUGUCCUCAUGUACACUUCCUGUUCAACGGCGAUGACGAUGUCUUCACCAACACAGACAACAUGGUUGAGUAUCUCCAAAACCUUAAGGACAACAAUGGAAGCAAGCAUCUCUUUACUGGCCAUCUGAUCCAGUAUGCAGGACCCAUUCGGAUUCCAGGGAGUAAAUAUUUCAUUCCAGUGCAGGUACAUGAGUCAGACUCAUACCCUCCUUACUGUGGUGGCGGGGGCUUCAUUUUCUCCGGCUACACAGCUUUCAUCAUAUACAACAUGUCGCACCACAUCCCCUUUCUUCCUAUUGAUGAUGUUUACAUUGGAAUGUGCUUGGCCAAGGCAGGACUUCGUCCUGAACACCAUCUUGGAGUAAGGACAGCAGGACUUCACAUUCCUGGCAGCAACAUUGAUUAUUAUGAUCCUUGUUACUUUAGAGACAUGCUUCUUGUGCAUCGAUUCCUCCCAGCCAAUAUGUAUUUUAUGUGGCACAGAUUACAGGACCCUGAUCUGAACUGCUCUGACAGUACAAAAUCUAACUGGCUUUAAAAAUAGC